GCAGCGGCAGCACUGAGCGAACAAGAAGUCAUUCACCAUCUUUGAUUUUUACAUUGAAUUAAUUCGGCACUCAAUCAGGUUAACUUGUGUUUUUGCUAAUUUAACAACGGCUGACAUCGACAUGAAUCCACCCGACAGACCGCCGAGAAGUUCCUCUUUCCUCUGCCGUCCGGGACCGUCUCUACGUACAGUGACGCCUGCAUCGGAGCUAGCUAGCAUUAGCUACCAUCUCAUCCAGCUAAAGUCAAAGCUGUCGUCUUCUCCUGGAGGAUUUUCAUACGAAGGAAUCGUCUGUUUUUUGGGACGUUUUGUAUCGCGUUGGUGUGCUUCUCCUACACAGAAAACUACGAGCUCGGAGGCGACCGGACCACCUUCAGGAGGAGGAGAGCAUGAGGAGAUGAAUGGAGUCAAAGUGGAAGCAGACCAGAGAGGAGAGGACGGUCAGCAGCUUCCUGCUGAAGGAGAGGCGACUGUUUCAGACACCGAGAGUCCGUCUACACCAGAGGAACCAGGAUUAAAGCACAACAGCCGUCAGUCCAAACGUUGUCACCGCUGUUCAGUAUGUGGCAGAGAGUUCUCUCAUCCAUGCCGCCUGGCAGAACACAUGAUCACGCACUCUGGAGACAAACCGCACAGCUGCUCCGUGUGCGGGAAGCGCUUCACAAAGAAGAUAAACAUGGUGGUGCACCAGCGGGUUCAUACCGGCGAGAAGCCGUACUCCUGCGCCGACUGCGGGGUCAGCUACGCCCAGCUGGCCUGCCUGCAGAGGCACCGGCUGCGACACGCCGCCGAGAAGCCCCACCACUGCUCGGUGUGCGGCCGCGGCUUCAUCCAGCGGCGAUAUCUCGUACAACACGAACGCACGCACACCGGGGAGAGGCCGUUCACCUGCCAGCUCUGCCCCAAACGCUUCGCCUCCAAGAAGGGCCUCACCGAUCACCAGAAAACCCACACGGAGGAGAACCUUCACUCCUGCGCCAUCUGCAAGAAGGUUUUCUCCACGCCGUCGUCCUUCAGAGAUCACGUAAGGCUCCACACGGGACAGAAGCCUCAUCCCUGCUCACUGUGCUGCAAGAGCUUCAACCGGCCGGGUCUGCUGAGGAAACACCUGCAGAAACAUGCCGAGGAAAAGACGGCGGUCAAAACUGAAGCUGCUGCCAGCAAGGAGGAAACGCCUCACCGCUGCUUCCUGUGCCAGAAAGACUUCUCCACCGCCGAGAAGCUGCGGCAACACGAGCAGCUCCACCAGAGGGCGCUGCAGUUCGUGUGCGACAUCUGUGGCCGAGGUUUCACCAGAGCGUCCAACCUACGGGAGCACGUGAGGUCUCACACCGGAGAGAGACCGUUUCAGUGCGACGUCUGCAAGAAACGCUUCUCCUUACAGAGAGUGCUCAGGAAGCACCAGGAGAUCCACAGCAGAGAGGCCCGAAACACCGACAACAGCUCGCUGCCGCCGCCGGGAGCAGACGACCAGAAACCAGACGAGCAGCUCGCCGCCGACGGCAGCGUGGCGGUGGUUUCCGUGGGGGGCGACGGCCUGAACGGGCUGCAGCAGGAGCUGAAGGUCGAGGACGAAGAGGAAGCGGUGCGUUCACUGACCGACGGCAGCACGAAGAAGCUUCACAGCUGCUCCGUCUGCGGGAAGAGCUACCCGCGACCGUCCCGACUCAAAGAACACUUCAAGAUCCACGCCACGGAGAAGCUGCACCGCUGCUCGGUGUGCGGGAAGGCCUUCACCACCACCACCAACCUCCGAGCUCACGAGAAGAUCCACAUGGCCGACAAACCUCAUCCCUGCAGGAUCUGCCCCAAGAGCUUCCUGCGGCCGUCGCUGCUGCGCAAACACAUGAGGAUCCACAUCAGGGACGGACUCAUAGCCGACCCCGCCGACGGCCUCGACAAGGAGUUCUGGUUAAACAUGAACACGGAGGAGGAGGAAGAGGAGGAGGGAGGCAUCAGGAUAAAGGAGGAGGAAGGUCUGGACGAGCAGGACCCGGACGACCUUUCUACAGCUGCAGAGUCCUUCAUGGUAAAAUCGGAGGAGGGUUUGGUGAUGAAGGACAAAGAGGAAGCAGACGUCAGCGGUUUGAUCAACUCUGACGGAGAGGAAGAGGACUGGAGACCAGCGCUCAUCGAACAAGAUGGCCGCUCAGUGAUCCAGGCUGACAGCGGUGGUGACGGCAAGCGGAAACACUGCUGCCCCGUCUGCGGCCGCGACUGCUUCAAGGCGUCGGCGUUGCAGAAACACCUGCGGAUCCACUCUGGCGAGCGUCCGUUCCAGUGUCCCACCUGCAGGAAGAGCUUCACCCAGCACGUGCACAUGACGGAGCACCAGAGGAUCCACACGGGGGAGAAACCUUACACCUGCCCAGACUGCAGCAAGAGCUUCACCUUCUCCAGCGCCCUGCGCCGCCAUCAGCGGCUGCACACCGACGCCCGGCCGUACCAGUGCGCCGUCUGCCAGAAGACCUUCAAGCAGCAGAGCUCGCUCAAGAGCCACCAGCUGACUCACUCGGGCGUCCGCUACCAGUGUCCGCUCUGCAGCAAGAGCUUCAGCCGCGCGCUGGAGCUCACCUACCACGUGGAUGUGCACUCCGACACGCGGCCGUACUUCUGCAACAUCUGCAAGAAGAACCUGAGCGGAGCCAGGAUCUUCCGCAACCACAUGAAGAAGCACCAGACGCCAAACUCACCGCUCUGGCUGCCGCCGCUUCCUGGAGCGGGACCGCAGGAAGCCGAGACGAUCUCAGAGGGAUGAUCAUUAAACAGACUUGUCAGCAGCAUCAUGUUCACACUAAAAGUCACUUGGUAACCAGUUAUGACACCUGAUGGACCAGUGGACAGACUGACUGGACAUUAUUCAGUAUGUUUGUAAUACUGACGCCAUCAAAAACUGAACAAAAACUGUUAUUUCCUCAUUUAAAAAAAAAAAAAAAAAGUGACUUUUAAGUGACUUUAAAGGAGUAGUUUGCCGUUUCGGGAAAUACUUUCUUUCUUUGUAUGAGUGAUGUUCAGAUGGAUGUUCAGGAUGUGGUUAGCCUAGCUUAGCAUAAAGACUGGAAGCAGGGGAAACAGCUGGCCGGUUCAAACCACCUGUGAAGCUCACUGAUUAACACUUUGUAUUAAACAAACGUCGCCCAACAGAAAUGUCUCAAAGUUUGUCGUUUUAAGGAGAUUUACAUGCUGGAAACAAUAGUGUCUCCAUACACACCACUAAAAAAAAAUAGUUCCAUAGUUGCUUUUUCACAUUUGUUUGUGUUUCCUCUGCUUCCAGUCUCUCUGUUAAGCUAAGCUAAGCUAAGCUAAGCUAAGCUAAGCUAAGGUACCUAAACA